AUGGCGUCAAGUAGUCGAGCGAUGGAAGAACUAGAACAUAGAUGGGAUACAAUAUGUCUUGAAGAAGAAGAAGAAAGUGAAGAGAUACUGGAGGAUGAGGGAGAUGGCAAUCCUGAGUUUGAUGUAAGGUGGAGCCUUGUAGGGAAACUGCUAACAGGAAGAAUAUCAGAUUAUAAGGUCUUCCAAAAUAUGAUAGCAGAUUUAUGGAAGCCAGGCAAAGGAAUGACUGUCAAAAUUCUAGAGCAAAAUCGAUUCUUGUUUCAAUUCUAUCACGAGAUUGACAUUCAGCGUGUGAUCAAUGGUAGCCCGUGGACAUUUGAUCGAAAGCAUCUGAUCUUGAAGAGACUAAAAACAGGGGAUAAUCCGAAAAUGGUUGAGUUGGAUACGAUUGACAUGUGGGUUCAGAUCCAUGAUUUACAAUCUGGAUUCAAAACAGAGCAAGCGGUUCAGAAAGCUGGGAACUACAUUGGUACAUUUCUUAGUUCGGAUUCUAAUAAUUUUCAUGGUAUUUGGCGUGCCUACCUUCGGGUACGGGUUUCUAUUUCUUUACACAAACCUCUGAAGAGGAGAAUGAAGUUCCGGAAACGUGAUGGUGAAGCAUUUUGGGCUAAUUUCAAAUAUGAGAAAGUCCCCACAUUUUGCUUUAUAUGUGGUAUUAUGGGACAUUCUGAGACCUUUUGUGCCAAGUUAUAUGAUACCCCUGUAGCAGAUCUUACGAAGCCGUAUGGACUCUUUAUGAAAGCUCCACCUAGAAGAAACAAUUUUCUGACUGCCUCUCCAUGGCUCCGGCAAAGUGAAGCAGCACAGACGGAUACUAGUGGCAAGAAUUCUGAUGAAGAUAUUGAAGUUAAUGCUCCCCAUGAUACUCGGCUUGAUGGUAGGGAGAAUAAUAUUCAAAGAAACAAAUAUGGAAACUUGCAUGAUUAUGGGAAGGAUAUUGCUUACAAUUCGGGCGUUGUCAAUGUAAAGUCGAAUAUGGCUUUAAAUGAGCCAGUUGUCUUAGUCAAAGAGAAUAAUGUUUUAUUCUCCUCGGAUAUGGAAUUAUCAAUAUCUGAGCUUAAAAGGAGACGUGUUGGGCUUGUCAAUACUAACGACCCAACUGGGCCUACAGUAGAUGAUAUGGAACAUGACAAAAAUGACAAUGAGGAGGAAUUAGAAGUAAUUUCAAAAAACGGAGUCAAGGUGGGUUCUGGUGUCCAGGCCCACCAAGCAUUAUGA